AUGGCGUCAGCCACAGACUCUCGCUAUGGACAGAAGGAGUCCUCCGACCAGAAUUUUGACUACAUGUUCAAGAUCCUUAUCAUUGGUAACAGCAGUGUGGGCAAGACAUCAUUCCUCUUCCGCUAUGCAGACGACUCCUUCACUCCCGCCUUUGUCAGCACUGUGGGCAUAGACUUCAAGGUCAAGACUAUCUACCGCAAUGACAAGAGGAUCAAGCUGCAGAUCUGGGACACAGCAGGGCAAGAGCGGUACCGAACCAUCACCACAGCCUACUAUCGGGGUGCCAUGGGCUUCAUCCUCAUGUAUGACAUCACCAACGAGGAGUCCUUCAAUGCUGUGCAGGACUGGUCAACCCAGAUCAAGACCUACUCUUGGGACAAUGCCCAGGUGCUGCUGGUGGGGAACAAGUGUGACAUGGAGGAUGAGCGGGUGGUGUCAUCCGAACGCGGCCGGCAGCUGGCCGACCACCUUGGGUUUGAAUUCUUUGAGGCAAGUGCCAAGGACAACAUUAAUGUCAAGCAGACCUUUGAGCGCCUGGUGGACGUCAUCUGUGAGAAGAUGUCCGAGUCACUGGACACAGCGGACCCUGCCGUCACAGGCGCCAAGCAGGGCCCACAGCUCACGGACCAGCAGGCGCCCCCACACCAGGACUGCGCCUGCUGA